AUGAGGGGCGAGCAUCAGACUACUUUGGCUGCCCUUAAGACUGCCCAAAAGCAGGAACAGGAUGCCAAGGAUGCUCUGGCAACCGUGCAGGCUGAGCUGGACGCAUCUCGACCUAAGCUGCACGAGGCUGAGGCUACCAAGGCAGCCCUAGCCGCUGCGAGAACUGAGCUCGAGGAGGCCAGGGCUGCUCGGGCCGCACUGGACGCCGCGAAAGCUGAGGCAGAGGAAGCCAAGGCCGCCAUGGUGGCAGAGAAGGCAGCUUCCAGCUCCUCCAUGGAAGCUAUGUUGUACCACUGUUGGGAUUCCCUGUUAGCUCACAGGAACGCGAAAUUGGUGGUAGAGCUGGUGAUGAAGUUGGAGACGACCCAAAUGGAGUUGGAGGGGGUUGUCAAUCAACACGAAGCUGCUGCCAAUGAGGCUGCCUUGGUCCAGUCUAUGCAUGAGGAAGCUCUAUCCUGGGUUUGGGCUGAGCAUAAGGAAGCUUUGUCCUGGAGAGAUGCUGAACAUAAGAAAUUAGAUGAGAAUCUGGAGGCAAAUCUAUCUUGUGCUCACGGCUCAGAAGCUUCUACCAAGGUGCUCUUGGAGGCAGCCGAGGUGCAACUUUUCCAGGAGCAGGAAUAG